GGCGGCUUUCUCCUCCUCCUCCUCCUCCUCCUCCUCCAGGCGGCUGCAAACCUCCGGAGUUCCCGUUGCUUUGCUCUUUUCAGUCACUACAUGUAAGUUGCAGCAGCAGAGCCGGUGACUAAUCCCCGUACGGCCCACGCAUGAGCUUUGCACGGCAGGUCCUGAACACCUCCACCCUUCUGUGUCAUUUAGCUCACCGAACCUGCAGGAGGAGGCUUUGUUCUUCACAGAACUUAAUGAUGUCGCGGCACACUAACACGAAAAGAAUCGAAGGACUGGACAAGAAUGUGUGGGUGGCGUUCACUGCUCUGUCAGCCGACCCGUCCAUUGUGAACCUGGGCCAAGGCUUCCCCGACAUCCCGCCGCCUUCCUAUGUGAAAGAGGCUCUCGCAAAGGCUGCCAUGGUGGACAGGAUGAACCAGUACACCAGAGGCUUCGGCCAUCCGCCUCUGGUGAAUGCACUCUCCCAGGUGUACGGGAAGGUCUGUGGUCGCCACAUCGAUCCCUUCAAAGAGAUCCUCGUCACAGUGGGUGGAUACGGCUCCUUGUUCUGCACCAUACAAGGCCUGGUGGAAGAAGGAGACGAGGUCAUUAUCAUCGAGCCUUUCUUUGACUGCUACGUACCGAUGGUGCGCAUGGCGGGAGCCAAGCCUGUGCUGAUACCGCUACGCCUGAAAUCUGGGAAGAAGACAAUCACGAGUGCCGACUGGUAUCUGGACCCAGAUGAGCUGUCCAGUAAAUUCACCUCGAAGACGAAGGCCAUCAUCAUCAACACGCCCAACAAUCCCAUUGGGAAGGUUUUCAGCAGAGACGAGCUGCAGAUGAUCGCAGACCUCUGCAUUAAGCACGACACUCUGUGCUUCAGCGACGAGGUUUACGAGUGGCUCACCUACAAGGGCCACCACCACGUCAAGAUCGCCACCCUCCCGGGCAUGUGGGACAGAACCGUCACCGUCAGCAGCGCAGGGAAAACGUUCAGCGUCACAGGAUGGAAACUGGGCUGGUCCAUCGGACCCGAGCACCUGGUCAGGCACCUUCAGACCGUCAUGCAGAACACGGUGUACACCUGCCCGACACCCAUACAGGAGGCCGUGGCUCAGGGCCUGCUGCUGAACUACGAGCUGAUGGGCCAGCCGGACUGCUACUUCACCUCGCUGGCCGAGGAGCUGGAGGGGAAGAGGGACCGCAUGGCCGCCAUCGUGAGGGAGGUGGGAAUGACCCCCGUCAUCCCAGAGGGAGGAUACUUCAUGCUGGUGGACGUGACGUCCCUCAAUCAGGACCUGUCACACAUCCAGGACGAUGAAGCCUACGACUACAAAUUCGUCAAGUGGAUGAUUAAAGAAAAGAAACUGGCAGCUAUCCCCGUUACAGCGUUUGUUGGAGACGAGUCCAAGAAAGACUUUGAGAAGUAUAUUCGCUUUUGCUUCAUUAAGCAAGACAGCACUAUCGAAGCCGCAGGGGCCAUUUUGAAAAACUGGAAUAAGGUUUAAAGUCACGCUGCGAUCCUCUGGGACGAGCUGAAGGAAACCGUCAGAGGCCCAGAUAUGCUGCCCUCACUCGUGGUUCAAACUUUGCCGUGCGUCUUUUAAAUCGGGCCACCAACCAUCAGGUUUUAAUUUGAAAAAGGCUUUGCUUCCGUCGGCGCUGCUCUCCUGUCUGAACUCGGUCACUUUCUGUUUUCAUGCAUCGUUAAGGUGAAUUUAUAAAUGCUGCUCUGUGGAAAAAUAAUGCUUCAAACUGGUCCGUGGUGCAAAGGAGGUGUAGGAGAACUGAUUCCAAUGACGUGUUAUAUCCAGUUUAUAAUCCAAACAUCUAUGAAACCGGUUCAGAACUGCUGAAUGUGUAUCUUUCUUUAUUCGCGGUUACAUUUAAAUUAGGCCUGGUUGAAUGGUAGUUGCAUAAUGUCUUCAACUUCACUAGAAAGAAGGUGUCUGAUGGCCAGACACGGUGUUUUUUUUUUUUUUUUUUUUAUGUAUUAUGCUUGUAGCCACGCACACAUUAACACAAGAUUUCCAUGAAGGGAUUUCUAUUUCCGGUGUCUUCUCCUUUUCUGCCUCUACAGGUCAUCAGUGGUAUUACGCUCCCAGGAAGACAAACCCAAGUACACAUCUGAUGAAUCUGUGUUUAGUAUGGAGCAUAUUUGAGUCUUUAUACAAACUUUAUAGAAACCACUAGCCACGGUUUUAAUCUUAAAUAGAUGUUUUUUAAUUAUAUUGGAGUAUUUUUCUACAUUUGCAGCCUGAGUCAAAGUUUGAGUGGCGCAGUUGAAACAUGUAGUUUGAUCCUGAGCUGAUCAGUCAGCUCAAUAACAGAUAGUUUAUGAUAAAGUUCACUGUGCCUAUCUUGUAUUUCAGUUUGGAGCUUUUUCCCCCACUUUUCUGCUGGACUAGAAGAGCUGAAAUAAAUGAAUUGAUCAGUGAGAGGAUUUCUCCAAACCUCCUCUGUUGUUUUGUGUUGUUUCCUCCUGAUGUUGAGGUCUCUUUUUAGUGACGUGAAAGACCUUCGAUGAGCCUUUUGUGCCUGCUUUUAUCACAAAUAAAACUCUGAAAGUC